AACAACAAAUAUAUGUAUUUAUAUAGCUUUUAUAUCUGAGUGUGUAUUUUUGUUGCAUUCCAUGACACUAUUCGGAAGGGGAGUGGUGGUGACAAGUACUGAACAACACUCACCAUAGAAAUCUGGUAGAGUAACAUUCUUCUUUGGAAGACAAAAAACACAGGCUAUUUUCCUGCAUCUUUUGUUUUGAUUGAUUAGUAAUGAGUACAUUUUUGUAGCAUGUAUAGGACCCAUACCUGUGUUUAAAGUAGGCUUGCUUUGUGGUAAGUGCACUUAUUUUCAGUGUGUUUGUGUAUUAAUGGCCUUAGCAUGACUGCCAAACUGAGAUGUGGUAAAGGAAAAUGUCAUAAACAGGAGAAGCAAGUUAAACGGCUUUGUGGUACAUACUCUACCUCUGAGUCCCUGUGUGUAUCUGUCUGUUUCCCACUCUCCCCUGUCUGUAAAAUAGGUGUAAUCAUUAACUACAGACUGUCUAUCCCCCCCCAGACAUUUCAAAGGAACAUUUUUGCUCUUGUUUAUUAUGAUUAUGCAUUACUCUCACACCCAUUAUCUCACCCUGUUUCUCCAACACACACAAACACACACACUCCUCUGUCUCUCGCUCUCUCAUAAAGCAGUGUGUGUGAGGGGUGGGUUUGUGGAGCCUCCUCCAUCCUUUGCAUUGCAGUCCUUGACGGAGGGUGAAACGCGGCUGCCCUGUCAGUACCAGGUUCAGGAGGACGAGCAGGUAGUUCAGGUCAGCUGGAUCAAGGAGCUACCUGAUGGCACCAAGGAACAUAUCAUCACCGCCCACCGCACAGAGGGACACACAGAGUUUGGGCGGUACUCUGGGAGAGUGAGGUUUGAGAGCCGUCGCUCCAUGGUGAACUCUGCUCUGCUCAUCCUGACCACGGAGGAGUCUGAUGAGGGGAAAUACAUCUGUCACAUCAGCACAUUCCCCUAUGGGAACUUUGAGAGGAAGCUGUCACUCACUGUGUGGACCUUCCCCAUCUCCUCUCUGGACCCGGUGGUUCUGGAGGAGGGCCAGUCCUUCCGCGUGGCUGCCUCCUGCCGUUCCGUGGCCCGCCCUGCACCCCGCCUGACCUGGGACACAGACCUUCCUGGCCAGGCCCAGAACCGCAGCUCCGAGGGCGGGGUCGUGUCCACUCAUUUCUCCCUGCACCCCCUGAGGAGCAUGAACGGCAUGCGGUUGGACUGCCUGGUCUGGCACCCUGCUCUGGAACAACCCCGCAGGAUCAGCAACCGCCUGGUGGUGCAAUUUCCCCCAGAUGCAUCUGUCACCGGCUUUGAUGGCAACUGGUACAUGGGACUGAAGGGAGCUGAACUCCGUUGUGAGUCUGGAGGAAACCCCAAACCAAAAAACUUCACCUGGACCAGGGAUGGUAAGGCUCUGCCAGAUGGCCUGACUGUGGAUGGAGCAAGGCUUCUGUUUGGCCGAGCCCUGAGACAGAAUGACACUGGAGUUUAUGAAUGUGUGGUGAACAACGGCGUUGGGAAAAGGAAAGUAGAAUGUAACAUCACAGUUACAGAGACAUCUCGGAGUGUGCAGAAAGUGAUCUUUGACACUCUAGUGAUGAUCAUUAUAGGUGUGGCUGCUGGGGUGUUGGUCAUCGUCAUGAUCAUCGUCAUCAUUUUAGUCAACCGAUACCACAAACGCAAAAACAGCAAAUUAGAGAUGGCGCUUAGCAAAAGGAUGUUAGAAAUCAACACUCUCUCCAGACAGGCCUCCUCCAGGAGACUCAACUCUGUCAGCACAGACCCCAGAGGACAGAAUGAAGACUGUACACUACUCAGACUAGACAGUAGAAUGAAAAAAAGCCUAAUGUCCCUUGAGGACCAUCCCAUCUACAAAGGCAGUCAAUCCACCCUUGGUGGGAAGUGGGGGACGGUUCGUGAGGGUGAUUUGGACUACCUAGGCCGCCCCAUCCUGUACCAAUCUAGCUGGCGCGAGUGCAGAGAGAGUAUGAGGGGGGCUGAGAUGGAGGGAGAAAGGGAAGAGCGCAGACGAAGGGUGGAGUCGUACCUAAAGAGCAGCAAUAUGUCCCUGGACUCUGGCCUUCCUUCCUCGUCCCCAGGACCAGGAUGGCAGUGUGUGGCCCACAGACAUCCCCCCCAAUGUUCAGUGACCUGGGUGGCCAGAGGGAGGGUGUGACCGAAGGGGCGACUGGGGCCACAGACAGGACGUGCUGGAGGUUGAUGAGGCUGACUGUGACACCAGUUCUUACCAGAUCUCAGAGGCACUCCCCAACCACAACAAUGGGUUUCUGCGGCCAAAACCACACUCCAACAACAUCCUCCUACACCCCGGAGGACAGAAUAUCUAGACAGGGGUGAAAGGAGUUGGUUGAAAAGGGAACUGCCCUCAGCUCUACCCUAACCCAAUGGUCAUGGAGGCCUGCUACUCACUCCUGUGAACUGAACUUGGAUACAGUUGGACUGAAGUGAGUGUUUGGCAACCUCAUGUUCACAUUAAUUGCCAUUUUUAGGUUUACUUUUUCCUCUUUUUUUUACAUCAGCAUGGGCUUCUUGUAUACAGUGCCUUCAGAAAGUAUUCACACCCCUUGAUUUGUUGUGUUACAGGGUUAUUACAAAUGGAUUCAAUUUAGAUUUUUUUUGUCACUGGCCUACAGACAAUAUCCCAUGUCAAAGUAGAAUUAUGUUUUUUGAUUUAAAAAAAAGUUUAAUGAAAAGCUUAAAUGUCUUGAGUGAAAAAGGUUUCAACCCCUUGUUAUAGCGAGCCUAAAUAAGUUCAGGACAAAAAAUCUGCUUAACAAGUCACAUACGUUGCAUGGACUCUGUGUGUAACACUGUGGUUUUUAAAUGACUACCUCAUACCACACAAUUAUAUGCAAGGUUCCUCAGUCUAGCAGUGAAUUUCAAACACAGAUUCAACCACAAAUACCAGGGAGAUUUUGAAAUGCCUCUCAAAGAAGGGCAUAAAUAUCAAAUGUCUUGUUCAUUCACCCUCUAAAUACACGUCUCAAGGCUUAAAAAUCCUUCUUUAACCUGUCUCUUUAACAAGUGACAUCAAUAAGGGAUCGCAGUCUGUCAUGUUCUAUAGUUGACAUGGUGCCCUAGCCUCACCAUUCCAGGUGAAGCUGGUUGAGAGAAUGCCAAGAGUGUGCAAAGCUGUCAAGGCAAAGGCUGGCUACUUUGAAGAAUCUCAAAUAUAAAACAUUUUGAUUUAACACUUUUUUGGGUUACUACAUGAUUCCAUAUGUGUUAUUUCAUAGUUUUGAUGUCUCACUAUUAUUUUACAAUGUAGAAAAUAGUAAACCCUGGAAUGAGUAGGCGUGACCAAACUUGUGACUGGUACCUGUAUAUCUAGUGUUUUAGGGCCACGAAUUUGCAGAUUUACUGACAGGUUAACAAUUUUUUGUUUGGCUUUCUAGCUAGCUGGCUAAUAUUUUUGUUUAAAAAAUGCAUCUGGACACAUUACCAGCUUUUUUGUUUCUCCUGGCUGCCAAUUCCCGAUCUUCUGAGAAUUUUUUUUAGGAGUCGCCUGAAGCGUGAGAGGAAUGGGAGAUGCAGGAAUAUAUUAGUGCUAAGACAGAGCGCUCGUAGUGAGGACGACUGGCUACUAUUCUGAACAUUGUGUGGUGUACUUUCUGGUGUCCAGAGCUGCUGAGGCAUCACCCAAGUGGGUGCUCUACAGACUGGAAGAGAAGAAGACCCGUGGCUAUAAGAGUCAGGCUGGUUCCCAGACGUGCCCUCUACAAGUUCACCAACAGACUCCAUCACCAUCCUCUGAACAGCUCUCUCCGCUCAAGCCAUGAACUGACCCUCUCCAUCUUCAGAGGAUGCAGCUUUCAAAGACUUGGCCUCUAUUGGUUCACCUAUCAUCACAUAUUGCGUGUUUUUUUUGUUGCUCUUGAAGCACUGAGAUUCUAUGAAAAGCGCUAUAGAAAUGGUAUAAAGUAUUAUUAUUAUUAUGGAAAGAGCAGGUGUUAAUGUUUUGUAUUCUCAGUGUAUUUCAACAACAACAAGGGCUCAAAGUUCAGAGAAUGUUCAUGUUUAUUCAUAAAAAUGUAUGCAUUGAUAAAAGCACAUGCAUUGUAUUUUCUCUCCAGAUGUGUUGUCUCUGGCAUAGUCCUACAAAAACUUAAAAGACGAUGGAGAUCCACCUCUUGAUAACUGUUCCUUUUAAAAUAUACAAGCAGGAGGAUGUAAACCUGUAACUUUAACUCCCUACAGUAUAUUAGCACCACUAGUGUAACAGUUGUGGUAGGGUCGCACUGCUCUCACUUUACAGAAUAGGAAGACAAAAGUAGCAUCCUGCGGCUUUUUGCACGAGUGUCUUGACUGUCUUCUCAGGAACUCUCUGUUCUCAGUCAUUAGAAAAAGUUUAUAUUAAUGAGGUUGUGUUUCAUAAUGUGUGGGACGGGCCCCAGCUGGUUUCUCUAGAAUGUUCUUAAUCGUCUCGUCAUUGUGAUUACUUUUCGUUUGCUUUGUUCUGAGGCCCCGGUGUACUCGCUGAUGUGUGCGGAGAUUACUCUGCUGAGCAAAACACCUCCCACAUGUCACACAGUUGUACGGUUUCUCUCCUGUAUGAAUCCGUUGAUGCAUCUCCAAGUGACUGACCCUGUCAAAGCUCUUUCCGCAAAAGGUGCAAACAAACCACUUCUCUCUUGCUGGGGUACUCCUUGAGGCUACCUUUGCUGAGUUGAAACCAUUUGGGGUAAGCGAGAAUACAUUGUUUAGCCAAACGUUGGAAUAUGCUGCACCCUCAUUGGUUCGUGUUUGUUUGUCUGACGGCACUCUGGUAGUUGUCCCAUCCUCCCUUCUCUCUGGGUGCAUAGUUUGCUCUCUGUGCUGACCUGGUUGUGCCUGAACCAAAUCUAUAGGGGUCCUUCUUUGGUCAUUCCAACCAGACUGUACUCGCAUCUCUUCUUUCAUUAUUCUGUUUAUGUACCCCAUCUCUGAUGAUGGAUCGCUAUCCAGACCCUGCACUGCACUUUGAAUAAGCUGUAUGUCUGUAUUGAGAUCCUGUCUAUAUUGUUCUGUACCAUAAGAGCAAUCAGGACCCUCAGAGUCACAGUUGAUCUCUGAUACAGACGCCCACAGCUGACUCUCUCGGUCAUCCAUGGCAAACUCAGUUUCCUGAUGAUCUGAUAGCUCUGUGCCAUGUUCACUUCCUGAUGUAUGUAGUGAAAUAAUGUCAUACUCCUCCUCGUGCUCUGUCUUCACAAACUCUAGUGCACUACCCUUCUCUCGCUGGCCAGACCUGUACUGUUCAUUGAGCCCCUCUACUGAUUCUGCAGGUGGCUGUGGUCUAUUUUGAUCCAGUUGUUUGUCUUUAGGUGUGAUCGCUUUGUCCCUGGCGGUCUGCUCAAAUGAAGUCCUUUCACCAGCAUCCUCAUCAGACCCCUUGGACCCUGAAAGGGAAGGUUUAACUGAACUGUCAGUAGCUAUAUGUCAUAAGCACUGUAAAACAAAGUUGAGAGUGUACUGGACAACUUAACAAAGGUCAACAAUAGAACUGAGACCCAUUAUCUACACUUGCCUGGGAACCUGAUUGCAUUGAAUUCUAUGUAGGGCAGAAAUGAGUGUUUGAAUCUGGAAAGUUUCCCUUCACAACUUCUCCAAGUCAGAAUGUUGAAUAAAAUUCAUUUUGAACUUGUU